GGAUCCUUGCGGAGGAGCUGGAGGCAGAUGCGCGCAGAGGGCGAGGAGCGUCUUGCGAGGCUGGAGCUGUUUCCCGAAUAAGGGCUUGGUGUUUCCCCAUGAAUACGUGGCCGGUCUCUGACCUAGGACUUUAUUAAUCGAGCGGAAGGCGAAAGCAAACCUUCAGUCAUCUUGGAGCAAGAAUCAAAGCCGGGAGAGCAAGACUCAGCUGGCCCUGAAGUAGGAAGAAGCUCCCAUAACUUCCAGCGUGGGAUCAGUGGGGAAUCCUGGGAAAGAAGCAUGGAGAAGAUCUCCGAUGCGGAAGACACCUUCAGCUCACAUGCUCUGCGCCAGGGUUUCAGGAGGUUCCGCUACCAGGAGACUGAGGGACCCCGAGAGGUUUGCAGCCAACUCUACCAUCUCUGCCGUCAGUGGCUGAAGCCGGAGCGACACACAAAAAGUCAAAUGCUAGAUCUGGUGAUCCUGGAACAGUCCUUGGCUGUCCUUCCCUUGGAGAUGGAGAGCUGGGUGAGGGAAUGUGGAGUGGAGACCACUUCCCAGGCGGUGGCCCUGGCCGAAGCUUUCCUCCUGAGCCAGGCAGAGGAGAAGAAGCAGGCAGAGCAGCAGGGCCUGUUUGUGGAAGAGGCCUCUGAUUUCCCCGAGGCAGAGAAGGCCCCCUCAGACUUCCGGCAGAGGCUGCUGUCCUGGAGGAUCAAACACAAGGAGGGUGGAGGUGGCACUUUGCAGGAUGACACAUCAAGGAUGUCAGAAAUAUGGGGUAGCUCAUCCCUCCCUUCUGCUACAAGGGAAACAACCUCUGUGCAACUAGAUCAGACAUCCUUUGAGGAGGUGGCGGUGGAUUUCACUGCGGAGGAGUGGGCCUUGCUGGAUCCAGGCCAAAGAGCCCUGCAUCGUGAAGUCAUGGCUGAGAAUUGGAGGAUCGUGGCCUCUCUGGGAGGCAAUGGGAGGAAGAGUGAGAAUGCAGAACCAUACAGGAUUUUUUUAGACUCAAGAGCCAGAUGUGAAGAGGAGGAAGAGCAGAGGUCAAAAACCACUUUUCAGAAUGGUGAUGUGUCUGAAAUCCCAGACCAAGAAACAAUAGUCAGAGAAGAAAGGAGUCGGUACCUUGUGUGUGGGGAAAGCUUCAAUGAUAAAUCAGACCUUGAGCUUCAUAAAAUAAUCCACAUGGGGAAGAAACUUUUUAAAUGCUCUGAGUAUGAAAAGAGUUUUCAUAGCAGGGACAUUUUUACUUCACAUCACAAUAUUCACACAGGGGAAAAAACUUUUAAAUGCUGGGAGUGUGGAAAGAGUUUCAGUUUUGCCCUACACCAUAUCCAUCAAAGAAUCCACACAGGGGAAAAGCCAUAUAAAUGCCUGGAGUGUGGAAAAAGCUUUAGACAGAAGAGAUACCUCACUGCACAUCAAAGAUCUCACACAGAGGAAAAACCAUAUAAAUGCCUGGAGUGUGGGAAAAGUUUUGCACAGACGAAACACCUCACUACACAUCUGAGAUCUCACACAGGGGUAAAACCAUAUACUUGCCUGCAGUGUGGGAAAAACUUCAGUCAGAAAUCAAACCUCAAUAGUCAUCAAAGAAUUCACACUGGGGAGAAACCACACAAAUGCUUCGAGUGUGGAAAGAGCUUCACUGCAAAGAGAAGUCUAACUUAUCAUGAAGGAACGCACACAGGGGUGAAACCGUAUACAUGCUUGGAGUGUGGGAAAAGCUUUAUACGGAAGAGUACCCUCACUAUACAUCAAAUAGGUCACACAGAGGAAAAGCCAUAUAAAUGCCUGGAGUGUGGGAAAAGCUUUAUACGGAAGGAACGCUUCAUUACACAUCAAAUGGGUCACACCGGGGUAAAACCAUAUACUUGCUUGCAGUGUGGGAAAAGCUUCAGUGUGAAGGCCACCCUAAGUUCCCAUCAAAGAUCUCAUACCGAAGAGAAGCCAUAUAAAUGCAUGGAGUGUGGCAAAAGCUUCAGUAAGAUUUCAAAUCUUAGAAGACACCAAAGAAUUCACACUGGGGAGAAACCAUACAAAUGCUUUGAGUGUGGAAAGAGCUUCAGUGAGAAGAAAAUUCUAACAGAUCAUCAAGGAACUCAUACAGGAGAUAAACCAUAUGCUUGCCUGGAGUGUGGAAGAAGCUUUACAUGGAAGAAAAGCCUCAGUAUACAUCAAAUCAGUCACACAAGGGGGCAAGCCAUAAAAAUGACUGCAGUGUGGAAAAAGCUACAAGAGGAAAAAACUCACUUACCAUCAACAACGUCACACUUGCAGGCAGCAGCCAAUGGCAGUAGCCAGAGAGGGUCUUCUAGAAUUCCAGAUCUCUCCAGGCAAGAUCUCCACCAGGCACGUAGGGGAGGUAAGCCUGCUGUAGUCUCAGACUCCAACUCUCAUCAGCCCCAGCCAAAGGUCAGGGAAUGUUGGGUGGUGAAGUUCAGCAAUGUCUGGGAUCCGGUGACGUUUGAGGAGGUGGCUGUGCAUUUCACCAAGGAGGAGUGGGCCCUGCUGGAUCCGGACCAAAGGGCCUUACACAGGGAAGUCAUGGAGGAGAAUUGGGGGAUCGUGGCCUCUCUCAGAGAUGGCGGGCUGGAGAAUGAAAAUGACGAACUCUGCAGGGUGUUGUUGGAAAGAGACAAAUGUAAAGAGGGAAAACAGCACAGCACAAGAACUGGAUCAAAACAGAAGAGGAAGAGUGAAUCACCAGCUUUGCAAGGUGUCUUUGAAAUUCCAGUCCAAGAAAAAACAGAUGAAGGAGAAGAGAUGAUUUGUUGCCUUGUGUGUGAGAAAAGCUUCAGUUGUAAAUCAAGCUUUGCUCUUCAUAUGAGAACUCACACAGAGGAGAAAGCAUUUAUUUGCUCUAAGUGUGGAAAGAGCUUCAGUACAAGCAGAUACCUAGCUUGCCAUCAAAGAAUUCACACAGGGAAGAAACCAUUUAAAUGUUCGGAGUGUGGAAAGAGCUUCAGGGAAAGCACACAUCUUACUCUCCAUCUGAGUAUUCACACAGGGGAGAAACCAUACAAAUGCCCGGAGUGUGGAAAGAGCUUCAGUCAGAAGAUAAAUCUUAUUUCUCAUCAAAGAACUCAUACAGGAGAGAAACCUUAUAAAUGCUUGGAGUGCGGAAGAAGCUUUACAUUGAAGGGAAACCUCACAAUACAUCAAAGAACUCACACGGGGGAAAAACCAUAUGAAUGCUUGGUAUGCGGAAAGAAGUUUCGUCAUUGCACAAGUUUCACUGACCAUCAACGUUUUCACACGGGGGAGAAACCAUAUAAAUGCUUGGAAUGUGGAAAGAACUUCAGUACUGGCAGAUAUCUCACUUACCAUGAAAGAAUUCACACAGGGGAGAAACUGUUUAGAUGCCUGGAAUGUGGAAAGCGCUUCUGUUUGAGCACCAGCCUUACUAUACAUCAAAGAAUCCACACGGGAGAGAAACCAUUUAAAUGCCUGGAGUGUGGAAAAGGCUUCAGUCAGAGAUCAAACCUUAACGAGCAUCAAUCAAGUCACACAGGAGAGAAACCAUACAAGUGCUUAGAGUGUGGAAAGACCUUCAGUAAAAACAGCAGCCUUACUUCACAUCAGACUAUCCACACAGGGCAGAAACCCUAUACAUGUUUCAAGUGUGGAAAAAGCUUCACUACUAGUAAAUACCUUACUUGCCAUCAAAGAAUUCACACAGGGGAGAAACCAUUUGAAUGUUUGGAUUGUGGAAAGAGGUUUAGUCAUAGCACAAACCUCACUUCACAUAAAAAAAUCCACACAGGGCAGAAACCAUAUACAUGCUCAGAGUGUGGGAAAAGCUUCAUUACUAGCAAAUACCUCAGUUCCCAUAAAAGGAUUCAUGUAAGGGAGAAGCCAUUUAAAUGCUUGGUGUGUGGAAAGAGCUUCUCUUUUAGCACAAGCCUUAUUUCACAUCAAACUGUCCACACCGGGGAGAAACCAUUUAAAUGCUUGGAGUGUGGAAAGAACUUUAGUAGUAGCAAAUCCCUCAAUUCUCAUCAACAAAUUCACACAGGAGAGAAACCAUAUAAAUGCUUGGUGUGUGGGAAGAGCUUCCGUUUGAGUGCAGACCUUACUUCCCAUCAAAGAACCCAUACAGGGGAGAAACCAUAUAAAUGUCUGCAGUGUGGAAAGAGCUUCACUACUAGCAAAUACCUCACUUGCCAUCAACGAAUUCAUAUGGGAGAGAAACCAUAUAAAUGCUUGGAGUGUGGAAAGAGCUUUCGUCAGAAUUCAUACCUUUCUUCCCACCAAAGAAUCCACAGUAGGGAAAAACAGUAAAUAUGCCUCAUAUGUGGAAAGAGUUUCAGCAUGAAUACAAGUCUCACUUGCCAUCAAAGAACUCACAUGGCAGAAAGCAUAUAAAUGCCCAGAAUGUGGAAUGAGCUUGACUGAGAAGAUAAAUCUCAUUACAUGUCAAACCAAGAAAAUCAUAUAAAUGUGUGGAGGGUAGAAGUGGCUUCUAUCAAAAUGCAGAUCUUAAUUUCCAUCAAAGAAUUCACCCAGGGGCAGAAAUUGUAUAAAUGUGUGAUGUUUGGAAA